AUGGCUUCGGCGCGAGUUGCCCGAAUCGCCGCCCACGUGGUGGCAGGGGACGCUGCCAUCGACCCGAACGAAAACGUGGGUGUCUACAUCCUCAGCGCCAAGCGGACCCCUAUUGGUGCUCUUGGCGGCUCUCUUGUAGACUGCCAGGCCACGGAGCUCGGGUCCUGGGCGAUCGCUGCAUCCGUCGAAGCCGCCGGCGUGGCAAAGGAGCAGGUGCAGGAGUGCAUCAUGGGCAACGUCCUCAGCGCUGGCCUCAGGCAGGCGCCCGCAAGGCAGGCGGCGCUCGGCGCCGGGCUGCCCGUGAGCACCUGCUGCACGACGGUGAACAAGGUCUGCGCGUCUGGCAUGAAGGCGGUCACGAUGGGUGCCCAAAGCAUCCUGCUGCACCAUGUCCAAACGUCGUGGUAG